AAACGGCAUUCCUCUUCUCUUCCCUUACUCCUCCCAACUAUAAAAGCUGGCAGUCAAAUCCCCAAUGGAGAAUAUUUCUUCUGCCGAAAGAAUUUGCGAACGUUAACAAAGAGCAUCCAUAACCGGCUAAAAUGCGCGCUGAGUUCACGUCUUCUUUUUCUUCACCGACUGAUCGGAGGCUAAGCACUCUGUCCAGGCACCUUUCUAAUGACUCUUCACCGUCAGUUAUAGAUUCUCAAGGCACUCUAACCGCUUCUCGAACUGCGGCCUUCCAUCGUGACUCUGUCUUCGCUCACCUUGUUCGUGCACCUGAAGAUCCUAUUCUCGGGGUAACAAUCGCGUAUAACAAAGAUCCCAGCCCGGUUAAGUUAAAUUUGGGAGUUGGUGCAUAUCGAACUGAGGAAGGAAAACCUCUUGUUCUGAACGUUGUCAGAAGAGCUGAGCAGCAGCUUGUAAACGACAAGUCUCGUGUCAAGGAAUAUCUUCCUAUUGUCGGAUUGGCUGAAUUCAAUAAAUUGAGUGCUAAGCUCAUUUUUGGUGCUGACAGCCCUGCUAUAAGAGAGAACAGGGUUACUACAGUGCAGUGUUUAUCUGGUACUGGUUCACUCAGAGUUGGGGCAGAAUUUUUAGCAAAACAUUAUCAUCAGCGUACAAUUUACAUUCCCCAGCCAACAUGGGGGAAUCACCCAAAAGUUUUCACUAUGGCUGGUUUAUCUGUGAAAACUUACCGUUACUAUGAUCCAGCAACACGCGGGCUGAACUUCCAAGGCCUACUAGAAGACCUUGGUUCUGCUCCAUCAGGAGCUAUCGUUCUUCUUCAUGCUUGUGCUCAUAACCCAACUGGUGUUGAUCCGACCAUUCAACAAUGGGAGCAGAUCCGACGGUUAAUGAGAUCAAAGGGAUUGCUACCUUUCUUUGAUAGUGCUUAUCAGGGUUUUGCAAGUGGAAGUCUAGAUGCAGAUGCUCAAUCGGUUCGUAUGUUUGUUGCCGAUGGUGGUGAGUGCUUUGCUGCCCAAAGUUAUGCAAAGAACAUGGGACUUUAUGGGGAACGUGUUGGUGCCCUAAGCAUUGUUUGCUGGACAGUGGACGUCGUACCCAAAGUAGACUCCAAGAAAAGAAGCUUCGUGUCUGUACUUUAUACUUCUGUCUGCAAGUUUAAAUGUGAUCAUGUGCCAAAAAGAAAAAUAAAGAGGUGUAUGAUCUACAGGGACAUGUACAAUGAAUGGACUGUCGAGCUGAAGGCGAUGGCAGACCGAAUUAUCAGCAUGCGGCAGCAACUUUUUGAUGCUCUACGUGCUAGAGGUACACCUGGUGAGUGGACUCACAUUAUCAAGCAGAUUGGAAUGUUCACUUUCACUGGAUUGAACUCAAAGCAAGUUGCCUUCAUGACUAAAGAGUACCACAUCUACAUGACUUCUGAUGGGAGGAUCAGCAUGGCUGGUCUCAGCUCAAAGAGAGUCCCGCAUCUUGCAGAUGCAAUACAUGCAGCUGUUACUCGUGCUUAAAUUAAAUCUACCACAAUUAUGGAUUGUUUCUCAGACAAAUUUCUUUUUCUACUCAUUUUAACCUUUUUUAUUGGGGGAAAUGUUUUUUUUUUUUUUUCAAUUUUCUGUAAUAAUGUCCCCCCAAAGGGGAAUGUAUUACUUUCUGUUGGGGCUAAUUGGAGAAAGAAUCUGUAACUGAGAAUUUUGGAAGUUACUCAUUUUCCCUACUCCUUACUACCUCACUUGCUCUCGAGCAAUAUCAAGGGUACAAAAUAAAAAGGAAA